UCUGUUAUAGCUGUUACCUUCCCUUUAGUUAUACUGAACGAGAGAACCACUUCAGACUUCAGUGGCGGUCCAGUUCUGUUUUUUCCUUAAAGAUCAGACGCUUUUGAAAUCUCCUUCAUCACUCUGUUUUCUUCCUCUCACUGCCCAUUCUCUGUUACUGUGUAGCUUAAAGUAGUUGUCUCUUGUUUAUGAAAGAAAGGUUUCAUGUUUCACACUCACCAAUGCCAGACCUUACUCCUCUCAAGAGAAGCUAUAGUGAUGUUAGUAAAAACGCGCCAGAAAUGCCUUCUGUCCUACAAACACUUAGGUUUUAUGACAAAAAUAGCUCAGAUUUGAAACCGAAGAUUGAAUCUCUAUGGUCCAAGUUUGAUGCUUCAAUGCUAAGCCUGCAAGAGUCGACCCCAAGCUGUUACAAAGACGUGGAUGAUAAACUUAACAAGCUGAGACAACAAUUUUCUGAUCCCCUCAAGAUUUUGAACUGCCUGGAAGAUCCUGGUCUUAUAUGUGCUUAUGAGGCUGUUAAAGUUUGUUUACAAAAUGCCCCCAACUCCAACAAGGAAUGCGAGAUUUAUAGAGAAAUUUCUCUGAAGGGCAAAUCUUUCCUUGGGGAAAUAUUGACCGUAAUUAGCGAGUCUUUGCCAUAUGGUGAUGGUUCUUUUUCCAAUCUGGGGUUUGACUACUUACAGGCAUUAGGUUUGGGCUACAUAUCUACAAAGGUAGCUCGUAAAAUACUAUGCCUCAUCUUUGUUGAUAGUAUUCUUACAGCUGACGUAAUUGGAAGAUUUGUGAAGAAAAUUACAGCAUUAGCUCAUUUUACAGUCUCAUAUGUUACUGGAACUAAUUGCUCAGUCGACACAUUGACACCUAAGACACAAAGGGAACCGCUGGAAUCGUUUAGCUUUGGGAUGGUUUAUGAUUUUGUGCAUCAUGAAUUAUCACAUAAGUUAUGCUGUUUGAAGACCGUCAAUCUAUUAUUUUAUACUGAUGUUCUGAGGGAUGGAAUUCAUGUGCCAAACUGCUCCUUUGUAAUAUGUCUUGAUGUGCCCAAGACAGUCAACUGUUAUGUCCAAUCUCGAGGAUGUGCUCGACGAAAUGAUUCCCAGUAUAUCAUCAUGCUUGAGAGGGGAAAUGUGAAACAAAGGAAUCAAAUAUUUGAUUUCAUCAGGAGAGAAUGGGUGGUGACUAAUAUGGUUAUAAAUAGAGAUCCUGAUGUAUGGACUCCUAAAGCAUGCAUUGCUGAGGAAACUGAAGCGGAUACUGUGGAUGGGACUGGAUCAUCAGUUAUUGAAGAUGAUCAUCUCCUACCAUUAGUUGAGGAGACUGCUGAAGAUGAUCUUAUUAUAAGAAGCGAAGAAAUAUCAGCAGGUGCUGGAACUACAAAAAGGAAUGAAUUGCAUGGAACAACCAAUAUUCAUGCAUUAUCUGGAAGCUGGGCGGAGAAGCUUGAUAGAGUCACAUUUCAUGCAUACAAGUUUGACUUCUCCUGUAGUAUUGCCACUGAGAUUUAUUCAGGAUUUGUUCUUCUCCUUGCGUCGAAGCUUGACGGUGAUGUUGGAAACAUUGAGUUGGAGCUUUAUUUGAUCAGGAAAACGGUUAAAGCUUCUGUCGCUUAUUGUGGACAAGUAAAUUUAGAUGCUGAACAUAUGAUGAAAGCAAAAUGCUUCCAUGAAUUAUUUUUCAAUGCCUUAUUUGGGAGCUUUUCCAAAUCAUCUGAAACACCAAGAGAGUUUCUGCUUCAGAAAGAAACAUGUAUACUUUGGAUUCCUUCAAACAUUUAUUUGCUGCUACCACUCGAGACAUUCAGUGCUUCAAGUGAUGAAUCUUGGAAAAUAAAUUGGAAGGGAGUUAAUGCUUGCACUUAUGCUGUAGAAAUUUUUAAGAACUCACUUUUGGGUGUCAUGUAUUGUAAUGAUGCCAGGGAAAGGUCAUCAAUUUCCACUGUUGGCUUAUCUGUAACAGAGUGCAAUGGCACCAAUGCAAUCCACUUUGCUGAUAUUUUGGUUGAUGCAGAUAAACUGAAAGAUAUGGUGGUAUUGGCAAUUCACACUGGAAAAAUAUACUCGGUUGUUGAAGUGUUGAGCAACACAUCUGCUAAGUGUCCUUUCGAGAAAAAUGCUAGGGGUCAGCGAGCAAAAUAUCCUUCCUUCGUCCAGUUUUUCAACAAAAAGUACGGGAUUGUGCUGAAGUAUCCAGGACAGCCUCUGUUGCUGUUAAAGCAAAGCCACAAGCCACACAACCUGCUUCGUUUUGCCGACGAUGAAGAUGAUUCAAAAGAUGGCAUGGAUGUUGAAAAACUGCAACACCAUGCCCAGAUGCCACCAGAGCUUUUAGUUCCUAUUGAUGUUUCAAUCCAAACUCUAAGAUCAUUUUACUUACUUCCAUCUGUGAUGAACCGUCUGGAAUCUCUGAUGUUAGCCACUCAACUUAGACAAGAGAUCGGCUGCUAUUGUCCCAACUUCCAUAUCCCAAGCUCAUUGAUACUGGAAGCGAUAACAUCUCUUAGAUGUAACGAAGCUUUUUCCAUGGAGCGUUUGGAAUUGCUUGGGGACUCUGUUUUAAAGUAUGCUGUAAGUUUUUUCCUCUUUUUAAGGCAUCCCACAACAAAUGAGGGCCAUACUGCUCAGCGCAAAGAGAUUAUUUGUAAUUCAGCCCUACACAAGUUUGGAACAAGUCGCAAAUUGCAGGGAUAUAUACGAGACAGUGCGUUCAAUCCUCGUUGUUGGGUUGCUCCGGGACAAAGACCUACUCAUUAUGUUCCUUGUGAAUGUGGGGUUGAUACAUUAGAAGUGCCUUUGGAUGCCAAGUUUCAGGCUGAAGGCCAUGUUUUUAUUGGAAAAUGCUGUUCCAUCGGCCAUGGAUGGAUGUGCUCGAAAACCAUAUCUGACUGUGUUGAAGCCAUCAUAGGAGCAUACUAUGUUAGUGGAGGACUGAUGCCUACAAUUCAUGUCAUGAAGUGGUUUGGUAUAGAUGUUGAGUUUGAUCUUUCACUGGUAGAUGAACCCAUUAAAAAAGCUUCUCUACGAUCUUAUAUGCCAAAAGAAACGGAGGUAAAGAGCCUAGAGUCAAGACUUGGUUAUACAUUUUUCUUCAAGUUUCUAUUACAAGAGGCCAUUACACAUGCAACAAUGAAAGAACAGGGAAUCGAUUACUGUUAUCAGAGACUUGAAUUUCUUGGUGACUCUGUACUGGACUUGCUCAUUACAUGGCAUCUCUAUCGAAGCCACCCAAACACUGAUCCUGGUGAAUUGACAGACUUGCGCUCAGCUUGUGUUAACAAUGAAAACUUUGCUCAAAUUGUUGGGAGAAAAGACCUAUACAAGCAUCUUCAACAUUGUUCUGUGUCACUCCUAAGCAAAAUAGAAGUUUAUCUGCAGUCUUUUUGUAAUUCUGAUGAAGCCAAGUCCCUAGGCCUCAAGGGUCCCAAGGCUCUUGGAGACAUGCUUGAAAGUAUUGCAGGGGCAAUUUUGAUUGAUACAAAGCUUAAGCUUGAUGAAGUGUGGAGAAUAUUUGAGCCUCUGUUAUCCCCAAUUGCAACACCUGAGAGUCUCGAGCUGCCUCCACUGCGCGAACUGACUGAAUUAUGCGACUUCAAUGGGUAUUUUAUUAAAAAACGAAUUACAAAUGAGAAGCAGAUUGCGCAUGCGGAGCUCAGGCUACAGCUGAAUGAUGUUCUUUUGGUUGGAGAUGGGUAUGAGCAGAACAAAAAAUCUGCAACAGGGAAAGCAGCUUCUUUUUUGUUGGAGGAACUUGAGAAAAGGGGAAUAACAUACCUCAGAGGUGAUGCAAAGAGGAGGAAACAAGCCGAAGAAACUAGAAAUACAUAUCUUCUAUCGACUUGAUAAAGAAAUACACGAGUGAGCAACAGAAGAAUCUGGAAACUCAAUUGUCAGAAGGGUCAAGCAGAGUUUACUCCAUUGCUGGCAGCGUCAAACAUAGUCCCCAAGUUAUUAAGUCGAUUGGCACGAAGAAAGGAGGACCUCAACAGUCUCCUUUUGAACUCUGUAAGAAAGUGCACUGUACAAUGCCUAAAUUUGAUACGAUCUCAGAAUAUAGGGCAAG